ACGAACUUCGUCGACUCUCGGUCAAAAUUCCCGCCCAUAAAUUCAAUUCCUCACACUCCCAUCUCAUUUCAACUCCCUCUCUCUCCCUCACACACACUCAGAAAUUCGGUUCAAGAGACUUCAUCGCAACAAAGAUGAUUGCGACUCUCAAAGCCGAAGAUCAGAAUCAAUUACAGCUCGUCGAACGCGAAGAAAUCGACGACGAGGAAGACCUGUUCGAAGCGAUCGACAAAUUGACUGCUCAGGGAAUCAAUGCCGGAGACGUGAAGAAGCUUCAAGAUGCAGGCAUCUACACCUGCAAUGGCUUAAUGAUGCAUACAAGGAAGCACUUGACGGGGAUCAGAGGCUUAUCCGAGGCCAAAGUCGAAAAGAUCUGUGAAGCUGCUGAGAAGCUUGUGAAUUGUGGGUAUAUCACUGGAAGUGACGCUCUCCUCAGAAGAAAGUCGGUGAUCCGCAUUACAACUGGAAGCCAAGCCCUUGAUGAACUCUUAGGCGGUGGGAUUGAAACUCUGGCGAUUACAGAAGCUUUUGGGGAAUUUCGGUCGGGGAAAACACAGCUUGCACAUACUCUAUGCGUUUCUACCCAGCUUCCUACCAACAUGAAGGGAGGGAAUGGAAAGGUUGCAUACAUUGAUACUGAAGGAACUUUCCGACCUGAUCGAAUUGUAAGCAUAGCUGAAAGAUUUGGCAUGGAUCCAGGAGCCGUCCUCGACAAUAUCAUUUAUGCUCGUGCAUACACGUACGAGCAUCAGUACAAUCUGCUUCUUGGCCUGGCAGCAAAGAUGUCUGAAGAACCAUUUAGACUAUUGAUCGUGGAUUCAGUGAUUGCUCUCUUUCGAGUGGAUUUCACAGGACGAGGAGAACUAGCAGAGCGCCAGCAAAAACUGGCACAGAUGCUCUCCCGAUUAAUAAAAAUAGCUGAGGAAUUUAAUGUUGCAGUCUACAUGACUAAUCAAGUUAUAGCUGACCCCGGUGGUGGAGUAUUCAUAUCAGAUCCAAAGAAACCUGCGGGAGGGCACGUGCUUGCCCACGCGGCCACAAUAAGACUGAUGUUCAGGAAAGGCAAAGGUGAACAGCGUGUCUGCAAGGUGUUUGAUGCACCAAAUCUGCCCGAGGGAGAAGCAAUAUCCUUCCCACUUGAGUUAUAA